CAUGGUUUCUCCCUCCCAGAAGCCUUCAGUUCGUAACAACAUGGCGGCGCCCGGUAAGCACGUAGGGCAUUACAUCCAGAGAAACGGACGACUUGUGUUCUCUAACCUCGAACAGUUGUUUGGUCACAGGAGCUUUGGUUGGACUGCAGCUCUCCGACAACAAGCAGCAGAAGCUAAUACAGAAUCAACAGAGUCCAUCGUCAUCCCCAAGAAGAAAACAUGGAGCAAAGAUGCAGUGCUGCAGGCGCUGGCUUCAACUGUCAGCAGGGAUCCGACUGCGUACCCCUACCAGUUCCAGGAUGAUCCGUUCCUCUCGCCCAGAAAUUCUCUCGAGUUUAGAAUGUUCUCUUUCUCUCAAGAGUCUGGCAGAUCUGCAGCCAAAUAUUUUAUCAACACCAACCCCAAGUUCUUCACCAAAGACUUUGCCGAGCCGCAUAUACCAUGUCUGAUGCCGGAGAGCGUGGCACUGCGUCUGGAGGAGGUGAGCGAGGACGCGCUGAAGGAACGAAUCAGUCUGAGGAAGGUGACGGCUGCUGUUAAUAUGUACGACCAACUAAUGCAAGCUGGCACGCCCAUCUCAACGGACACAACGCACGACCUGUUGGACCUGAUCAGUCUCUACUGCGACAGAGACCCCGUCCGGGACGAGGGUCCACAGACCGAGAACGCGGAGUCGGGAGAGGAGCCGGACAGAAGGAGAGGAAGAGGCCGGCGAGCGGCGGACUUCAUAAAGGUCACCUGGAAGGAAUCCAACAACGCAGAGAGGAUCUUCAACCUGCUGCCGGAGAGAGACACGCGCUGUUACUCUGCUCUCAUCAGAGGCAUGGUGAAGCAUCAAGCCUUUCAGAAAGCCUUCAGCUUUUACACAGAUCUGCUCAACAACAAGGUGCCAGCCGACGUCCACAUCUUCAACGCUCUCAUCUCAGCGGUUUCAGAAGUCAGAGAGAAAUACGAAGAGAGAUGGGAACUCAUCACCGAGCUGUUGAUACAGAUGAACCGGCAGAAGAUUCGUCCCAACCUCAUGACCUUCAACAGUGUCCUCAAAACCCUGAGACGCUGCGGCUAUUUGGCCAGAUCGCAAGCUUUCCACAUUCUGAGUGAGAUGAAGGCGUUGGGGAUAGAACCCAGCCUGGCCACAUACAACCACCUCCUGGUCAUCUUUUACAAACCAACCACAGGCCCCUCGAACCAAAACGUCACCGAGAUGUUACAAGAAGUGAUGGCAGCGGUGGAAGGGGUCAGCUUCACCUGCCAGGACCCCGAGGAUGUUCAUUUCUUCUCCAGUGCAAUGAGAAUAUGUUUGGAGCAUAAGGAUUUAGAGCUGGGUUAUAAAGUCCACAGUCUAAUAGAAGUCGGGGAGAACUGGAGGCUGCAGGGAGAAUCACAUCAACAGGCCAUUUACUACGGUCGCUUCUUCAACCUGUUGUGCAUGAUGGAGCACAUCGACGUGGUGAUGAAGUGGUACAAGCAGAUGGUUUCCACGGUGUACUACCCCAACAGUCAGGGAUUGAGCGGCCUGCUCCAGGCUAUGGACACAGACAACCGUCUGGACUUGGUGCCCACUAUAUGGAAAGACAUCAAGCUGCUGGGUCAUGAUAAUAAGCCUCACCUGGUGGACGAGCUUCUGAGUCUGAUGGCCAGAGACAAACAGAGUCCUGAGGUUCAGAAGUCUUUCGGAGAGUGUGCUCUGGAAGUUAAGAGCGUGUUCGAUGGGAAGCCCGAAGUGCAGUGGAGCGCCUCGUCCUUCUCACACGUCACCAACCUCCUGCUGCAAGCCAACAUGAUCCAACCGGCCUGGGAGAUGCUGCGGCUCUUCAAAAGCAGGAACAGAGUUCCUUCCGGCGAGGUGUUGAACAACUUCCUGUCGGUGUGUCAAAGUAACGCUGCUCCAGAGAAAGCGGUGGAGCUGGUCCAGCUGUCCGCGGCCUACUGUCUGCCGGCAACGGCCGAGCUGGCCAAGCGAGCGCUGGCUGAGUUCAAACUGACUGAGGAGCAAAGAGCCAUUUUAUCUGAACUGGACACUGCAGGAGAGCCCUCCGACUGAACGGCGCAACUCUGGGCGGACGAGUACGAGAAUUAAAUAUAAAAUACAAAAAAUAUUAUUGGUAGAAAGAGUCCUGGUCUGUGUUUGCUUUGCUUAUCUGUGAAAUAAAGACACAUGAACACAGUA